AUGAGAGUCACUCGCGGCGUGAUUCUCCUCCCCGCCCUAUCUUCUAACGCCCGUCGUAGCUACAUUGCGACCUUCACACGCUCUUCGAAUGCCGGACCUCAUCCCUGCCCUAUGACGCGCUCCCCUCAAGCAAAGCCCACGACUCGACCACCGCACCCGCAUCUCCACUGUGCUUGUCCAACUUUGGUCGACAAGUAGCUCGAAAUUCACACGGUAGUCGCAAAAAGUUUGCUCCUGAGACGGCCGAGUGAUCAGCUCUCUAAAUUAGCCCAUGCUCGGUAUUGCAAGUGCUCCACAUACAGGAACGAACUGUCAAGAGCAGCGGGUAUAGACGCUUGAACUCGAAAACCGGUGGGUGUGAUGAAGGAAGAGGUGUCGGAAAGCUAUCGUCGCCCCCGCGUCGACUCGAUGGUCUCCCAGUCUGACAUCGUGGGCAGCUGCGAGCAAUGACAUGUUCUUUGAUGGCCUCCAAAUUGUCGAUCAAGAAUUACCCCUCCUUUCAACUUUGACAGCUGGCCGAGCUCUUUCAACAUUUCAAGGGGUAAAGACAUGGCUAUCGUGCAUGGCACGCAUCGUGGCAGGC